UUCGCCCGCUGAUUCCGGAGCCCGUGGCCCCCGGAGUUCUUGGCCGGCCCCCACGCCCAGCCUGCCAAAUCUGGGGUCACCCGGCCACUAUGCCCAGUGAAACUCUCUGGGAUAUUGCCAAAGCUGAAGUGGACAAAAGAGGAAAUAAUGGAAGUGAAGGUGAUGGAGUUGAAAUUGGAGAAAAAUCUGUUUUCUUCAUUGGCAGUAAAAAUGGGGGAAAGACUACUAUUAUUCUAAGGUGUCUUGACAGGGAUGAGCCAGCGAAACCAACCUUAGCUUUGGAAUAUACAUAUGGAAGAAGAGCAAAGGGGCAUAACACGCCAAAAGAUAUUGCUCACUUUUGGGAGCUGGGUGGAGGAAGCUCCUUACUGGACUUAAUUAGCAUCCCUAUCACAAGUGACACCUUGCGGACAUUUUCUAUUGUUCUUGUUUUGGAUCUUUCAAAGCCUAAUGAUCUUUGGACCACUAUGGAAAAUCUGUUGCAAGCCACAAAAAACCAUGUGGAUAAAGUGAUCAUGAAACUUGGAAAGACGCAUUCUAAAGCAACAUCUGAAAUGAGGCAGAAGAUGUGGAGUACUAUGCCAAAGGACCAUCCGGAUCGUGAGUUAAUCGACCCAUUUCCAAUCCCUCUGGUCAUAAUUGGAAGUAAAUAUGAUAUUUUUCAGGAUUUUGACUCUGAGAAGAGAAAGGUGAUAUGCAAGACGCUCCGAUUUGUUGCACAUUACUAUGGAGCAUCUCUAAUGUUUACUAGUAAAUCAGAAGCUCUACUACUAAAAAUCCGUGGAGUGAUCAACCAGUUGGCAUUUGGUAUUGAUAAAAGCAAAUCGAUAUGUGUGGAUCAGAAUAAGCCACUGUUUAUCACAGCAGGAUUGGAUUCUUUAUGUCAAAUAGGGGCUCCUCCUGUUCCCGAUAAUGACAUUGGAAAGCUUCACGCUCAUUCUCCAAUGGAGUUGUGGAAAAAAGUAUAUGAAAAGCUCUUUCCACCAAAGAGUAUCAGCACGCUGAAAGCUACUAAGGACCCUGCUCGAGAUCCUCAGUAUGCUGAAAGUGAAGUUGAUGAAAUGAGAGUUCAGAAGGAUCAGGAGCUGGAGCAGUACAAGAAAAAUUCUUCCAAGACUUGGAAACAAAUCGAGCUAGAUUCUUAAACCUAACUCAACUAUUAUGUGUUUAUUUCUUUUUUUCUAAAUUCAAGUAAGAUUAUCUUACUAAUAAGUAUUGUAUAAAUGUGACAAAAGUUAGGAUAUUCAGUUUCUCAAGAGCAAAGCUGAGCUUCUUGUUAAAUAUUGUGGAGUCUUUUAAAAAGGAAAAACAUUAACUACAUGCAAUAUUUUUUAAAUAAAAGAAUCUUCCACCACUUACAUCUAAUAUGAAUGUUGUAUAAAUUCAGGUCAGUAUUUAGAAGUUUCUGUUUAUAUGUUCUUGGGAAUAUGAAAGCCAAGAGUAUUUGGUAAUAGUUUUAUAUGUAAAGUGAAGUGUCUCUGUUGGAUGCAUCCCUUCUAGAAGGAAUACUGAGCUGUAGCUAGUAGGAAAUUACCGGAGGUCCUAAUUUCAAGCUUUUAACACUUGGAGGCUCAGAAUAUACCAGAAAGCAUUUCUUUAAAUUGCACAUCCCUGGACCCUAGAGGCUAUGAAUGAGUGGCUUGUGUUCAUUGUCAUUACUGUGAGAGAGACAAAUUUAUUUAGUGUCAUCUUUUAAGUCUAAGGGGGAUGACCUGUCAAUAAGAUGACCAAAACUUCAUAUAUUGAGGCUAGCAGGAUUAUUUCCAAGGUGAUAUAUAACCUUUAAGAACCCUUCCCAAGGUGGCUCAGUGGUAGAGCG